AUGGAGCAACCGGGAGGUUUAACUCUUCUUGAACUCUUCAAGACGGCUGCGCGAGAGAAUGAUCCCCGUCUCCGCGGGUGGUGGGAUACGAUACUCGAUAUCCAGAACCACAUGAUCAAUACCGAUACAGGGGCCAUACGACCGUUUGGUUUCUUCCAAUGGAGAUAUCCAUUCCAAUACCCCGAUUUCGUGAGAAUGGCCUACAGCCAACUCAGAAGUCACAACGAAUGGGGGACCAUUCGAGCUGCCAUCGAGGCACUUGGCCACACGAAACCCGGGCUUUUGGACCAGCUAAGGUCACCGGUAACUGGACUUGCUGAGCAUGAGCUCAGCACCGACCGCAGAAGAAAGCGGUCAAACCGACCAGACCAAACAUUUGUGGCGACGAUCCAUUCCGACGCGGAACACUGGGCCACAGCAGGCGCAUUGAGAUCGAUCAACAACAACUCGGCCGUGGAUCCCGCCACGACCAGGGAUUUACCGAGGACUUUCGCGGCGAAGAAGAACUGUGUUCACACUAUUGUUAACGUACUGACUGAUAUGGCGCACAAGUUGGGCGGAGAUAACAAAGAAACCCGACUGAUCAAUUUUACUUCGCCCAAGGUUCUGGAAAGCCUUGGAUGGGAUAUGGUGGACUAUUUGAUCUCAGCACAGAUGGGUGAGCCCAAUGUGUAUCCAUGGGCUACUGCGUUCUUCCAUGAGGAUUAUCCGACAUUCGAGGCACGAUUCAAUGAGUUUUUAGCAUUGGUUAUGACCUCCAAGGCGGCCGCCGCGAACAUGUUUUGGUGCUCCUACAUGGAGCGGUUUGCCAAUAAUCCAGCCGGCGAAAUAAGGCGUAAAACUGGCAAUAAGGAGGGCAAUACGAAAAAAGACAACAUGGUCGCCAGACUAAGAGCUCGCGUUGCCGCCAUCGAUGCUCAGGUGGUCCCUCAGCUCAAUCAAGCUCCGGUUGAGGCGGGUGCUCAGGGGCAGUCAGCAACUUCGUCCGGCCGGGCUUACGGCCAUGCUCAAAUGAGCUUCGACGGGCCUGUUACUUUUGGUGCCUCGAGUCCGGCAGAUUUACUUGCGCGGCCUCGCACACCCGCUUCGCGUUCAAGGCAACGCCAAAAUGACGCUCCAUUCAGUCAAUAUGCUGGCCCUCGCACUGGCCCCUACGCGUUGCCCGUGCCAGGAAAUCGUAGUCACAGCGGUUAUUCUACAUCCGGGGGUACCUCGACUGCAAGGCAGUCUGCUGCCCCGAUACAGCCCAGGGUAACCCCGCCAAUAUUCCCUGGAACCACGACUGCUAGGCAGUCUACUGCUCUCGUUGAGCACAGCAUCACCUUACCUGUCGCUUAUGCCAAUGGAAAUACGGGGCAAGGACACGUCGAUUCUGGUGAGUACACCGGAGACGAAGCCUUGGACAAUCAGUAUGCCUUCGAUUGGAACGGUUUUCUUCCGGAGGGGUCCCUCCUUGAAAGGGACGUUACGGCUCCUAUGGGCAAUGCUGCCAAUGAGUUCAAUGGGUUGGGUUGCUACCAGGGCAUGAAUCCGGAAUCUUAUGAAGCGGCAGAAGGGUAUGGAGACGCCAAUGGCAUGUUUAAUGCCAAUGUUGCCAAUACCCAGGCUCAAACCGAAGAACCAGCAGCAAACACUAGUUCCCGAAUCGUUACAAUCGAGCGGGGAGUUGAUGACCUGGGCAACGUUGACACGAAUGAGCCCGCCUGUGGCCCACAGGCCUUUGGGGAGCCGGAGCCCUUUGGUUCGAACCAGGGAUAUGCAGGUAAUGGUAAAUCUUUUGAUGAUACAACAGUCUCGCCCAGCUAUUGCGGUUCAGCAAUUAACAAGAGUCAAAAUGGCGACUAUGUGCAAGGCUCAGCUGCCAACUUCGUAUAUCUCGACGAUGAAGAGGACCUGUUCGCCGACAGUUUCCUCGCCAGUCAGACAGCGGACCGUACUGUGGGCGCUGGCGAGAAGAGGAAGAGGGGAACCGAAGAGGAAGAUGAGGACGAGUUGCCUCGGGCUCGGAGGUCUCGUCAGGUCUAG